CGAGGGAUGGGGGGGGCUGUCCACAGCAUACCACGCUGUGGACCCUGCCGUUUUGCGAAGCAGGGAUGCAGCGAGUGUUGUGCCAGUAAUGCAGCGCAAUGGAACUGGAGCCGUCGGAUUAAUGCCCGCCCGACGGUGGAGGGCGAACUGAUCGUCGUGCUGAAGAGCAGCAGGAGAAGGGGAGGAGGAGGAAGGAGCAAGGAAUGUGCAAGAAGAAUCAGCCGCCGCGGGUGGGCGGAACAACAGAAAUUGGCGCGGAGUGAGUGGCGGGCCAAAGGCCUCGUAACGGAGCAGGUAACGGAGCAGAUUGUGUUGUAACGGAUAGCAGUGAAGGAAGCGGGGACAAGGAUGCGGAGCUCCUCUGAUUAAGUGGGGACGUGCGGUAACGGAGCAGACAAGGGAGCAGAUAACGGAGCAGACAAGGGAGCAGAUAACGGAGCAGACAAGGGAGCAGAUAACGGAGCAGAUAACGGAGCAGAUAACGGAGCAGAUUGUGUUGKARCGGAAAGCAGUGAAGGAAGCGGGGACACGGAUGCGGCAAUGACGGGUUAAGCUCCUCUCAUUAAGUGGACGUGCGGUAACGGAGCAGACAAGGGAGCAGAUAACGGAGCAGAUAACGGAGCAGAUAGCGGAGCAGAUAACGGAGGAGAUUGGGCUGGUAACGAGAGAAGAAAAGGAAGCGGGGGCAAGGAUGCGGCGAUGAAGGGGAAAGUCCCUCUGGUCAAGUGGACGGUUGGUAACGGAGCAGAUAACGGAGGAGAUAACGGAGGAGAUAACGGAGGAGAUAACGGAGGAGAUAGGUUUUAUAACUGAGAGUAGAGAAGGUGGGGGAGGGAAGGGUGCGGCGAUAUGGAAGGGAAUGCAUCGUGAAAGUAAUGAGGGAGAGAAGGUAGUGGCCCAUUGCGAGCGGUCGGAGGUGUGAGGUCGGGGUAGAGAGGAGCGCAGGAGUGUGGGAGGGAGAGGGAGGCGGGAUGACAUUGGACAUGGAUUCGACGUUGCCCGUGAGGGAAGCGCUUGUCCGCGGCGGCGGGGGCUUUGAUUGGCCUACUGGGGCAUUCCAGGCGCUAGAGGCGCAAGCCGCGCGUUUGAGAAGCUGCCUGUGCCGUCAUCAACAACAGCACAACAGGUACACGAUUGAUAAAAAGAGCAAGGCGGCGGGGGUGGGGGUGGGCAAGGCAGCAUCUUCCGCGCCAAUCGCCGCCCCCGCCUCCGCUCCCGCUCUCACCAUCUGGGCGCCACAGAAGCAGCAGCAGCAGCCGCAACAGCAACAGCAACAGCAAGGGCAAUGCCACUUGCAAUACUGCCAUGGGGAGGCGCACGUCACAUCUAGCCCGGCAGUCGCAUUACCCAACAAUCUUGGAACGAAUGAGAAACGGACACGUGGCAGAGAUUCCUGGAACUUACUCUCGGAUGCUCCUCCUCCUCCUCCUCCUCCUCCUCCUCUCCAUGUUCUUUCCUCCAUCGCCGCCUUGUCUUCGCACGCUUGCCCCUCCUCUGCUACCUCGUCUUCUCCCUCUUGUCCCUCCGCUGCCGCCUCGUCUUCUCCCCGCCCCUCUCCCGCCUCUGCCACAUUAACGACCACUUCCUUCCCCUCCGCUGUUGUGACCUCCGUCAAUUGUAAGAGUAGUGGCGGGAAACGUAGAGGAGGGUGCAAUGGCGGGAAGUGCUGGCUGAGCGGUGUGUCGCCCUCCGGUGUCCGAGGUGGCACGUCUUUAGGUCGCAAUGGGUUCUCUGCAUCUGGUCAGAAUCUAGGGUGCUCAGCCCCCGGAGGAUGUGGGGUCGGGGGCUUGGGAGAGCAGUUGUUGCAAACGAUUCUGGGCGCUGUGCUAGUCGUCGGCUCGUGGCCGCCAUCGCCAAGGCGGCGGAAAGCAGAGGACUUCGGAACGCAUUGUGGUCCUGCCCUCUCCCCCCCUCCUCCUGCAUCAUCGUCGUCCUCCUCCAGCCCAUGGCCUCCAUCGUCAAGGCGGCGGAAAGGAGAGGACACCACAAGGCAUUGCGAUUCUUCCGUCUCGCCCUCUGCUGCGUCCUUCUCAUGCUCCUCCUCCUCCUCCAGUCCCUCCUGUUGCAGUGUCGUAGUUGACAACGUUGUGACGGCGACGAAGGUCAGGGAGAGUUCCAGCGAUGGCGGCGGGAUAGGGAAGAAAAUGAAGACGAAGGAGAUGUCGGCGGAGGGAACGGUCACAGCGAUCCCGAUCAUGGGCGGGUUGCCUGCCCGGCUUGCAAAGAUCUCCAUAAUUAUGCCCUUUCAUCAGGCCGCUCCCGCAGCAGCUCUCCGGACGGGAGGGCAAGCAGAAGGAGGAGCAGAAAGAGGGCGGCAAGCUACUGACCCCGCCGCCGCCGACGAGGAGGCUGUGAAGGGGGAGAGGGAUGAGUCCCUACCGCCGGGGGUGUCAAGUCGUUGCGCACUCGAUUCCAGCCUUGCCACUCACUAUCACUCCGAGCAGCCCCCUCCUCCUCCAGCGCGCACUGCAUCGGGAUCGCUCGGGGUGCCGUUUGCGGACCUGCGCCGGGUCACGUUGGGACAGCUCACUCGUGCCCUGGAAAAGACACUGCACUGGGAGGCUGGCGGCAACGCGGACCACUUGAAAGAACAGGGUUUGGUGCGUCUGGAGUUGGGAGAGGUGGGGGGGGUGGAGGUAGCUGCUGAGGUCGAAGGGAAGUCGAAUCUAGAGGAUGCGGCGGUGGCAAGAGAUGAACAGGUUGGCGGGAUCAAUGUGGUCGGCGGGAGGAGGAGGAAAAGGGCUGGCUUGCGGCAGCAUCUGCUGGCAGGAGGAGGAAAAAGAGCGGGAGAGGCACGCUCAGGGACUAGACUGAAAUUCGCCACCUUCGCUAGGCUUCAAAGCGACCCUAGGUCGGAAUCAGAGGAGGGGGGGCAGGCACAGCAAGAAGACGACGGCGUUGCAAGGAGCAGCAACGGGGGGUCGGCGGCGGCGACGAUUGAGACCACUAGCGCCGCCCCCCCCGCCGUCCCCCGCCGCUCGCCGCUGCCCCCGGCCGCCGCCGCCGCCGCCGCCGCGGGGAGCGAGCAUUAUGAUGGCCCUCCGGUGGGGGGGGGGGGAUUGGACAAGGCGGAGGAGGAUUCUGCGGCGAAUCGCACGGCCCCGCGAUCAUCUUUCUUAAAACUUCUGGCGUCGAUCAAGAUGCCCCGUUUGCCGGACCUGCACGCGAUCCCGAUCCCGAUCUCUUCGUCUCUCGUCGCGGCCUCGUUGUCCGACAUUGCGGAUAUGGUGCCCGUGAUGAGGAAGGGCAAUUACCCGGACAGAAAGCGGUUGGUAUCGGUUCAAGACUUCUACAGGUACACGGAAGCAGAAGGGAGGCGGCUGUUCGACGAGCUGGACAGAGACGGAGAUGGUCAAGUGACGCUGGAGGAUCUUGAAGUGGCAAUGAAGAAGCGAAGGCUCCCUCAAGACUACGCGAAGUGUUUCUUGCGACGAACGAGGAAGCACUUUCUUGCCAAGUCGUUCGGUUGGGAGGACUUUCGAUCGUUGAUGGAUGAGAAGGAGCCGUCUAUGCUCCGUGCAUUCAAUUCCCUGAACCUGACGGCAUCAGGGACCCUCCAGAAAGGGCAGGUACUUGCCUCUCUAAAGCGUGCAGGACUGCCAGCCACAGAUGACAAUGCCGAUGCUAUGAUCCGCUUCCUGAAUGCUGAUCUCGAUGGCCGCAUUGCCUAUGGGCAUUUCCGCAAUUUCCUCAUCCUCCUCCCCCGGGAACGAUUGGGAGAUGACCCUAGUAUGGUGUGGUUUGAAGCGGCAACCGUCGUGCCGAUGGUGCCCCCGUCUGCCCCUGUGGGGAGUGUGCUGAAGUCGGCGCUUGCGGGUGGGCUAGUAUCAGGCUUAUCUACGUCGAUGAUGUACCCCCUGGACACGUUGAAGACGAGAGUUCAAGCCUCGACUCUGUCAUUGAGUGAGGUUCUUGCUCGGGUUCCCGAAGCAGGAGUGAGGGGGCUGUACAGGGGAGCAGUUCCCGCUAUCGUUGGCCAGUUUUCCAGCCAUGGCUUAAGAACUGGGGUCAUGGAAGUGACCAAGCUGCUCCUGAAGAACGUUGCCCCGGAUUUGCCCGCCAUGCAAGUCCAGUCCCUUGCGUCGUUAUCCAGCACGAUCAUCGGGACUGCGUUCAGGAUACCCUGUGAGGUAAUGAAGCAGAGGCUGCAAGCAGGGCUGUACAAGAAUCUCGGAGAGGCAAUUGCCGGGACGAUGAAGAUGGACGGCAUCAAAGGGUUCUUUAGGGGCACAGGGGUUACUCUUUGCAGAGAAGUCCCCUUCUACGUCGCAGGAAUGGUCAUCUAUGAGGAGAUGAAGAAGGUCGCCAACAGCUUGUUGAAACGUCAGCUGAAGCCGUGGGAGACGAUCGCUGUAGGUGGUUUGUCUGGAGGCCUUGCGGCCAUCAUGACAACUCCGUUCGAUGUCAUGAAGACUAGAAUGAUGACUUCCAGCCCUGGCACGACUGUCACAAUGUCAGGCAUUGCCUGGUCGAUCAUCCGAAACGAAGGAGCGCUGACACUGUUCAAGGGUUGUCUACCAAGGUUUUUCUGGAUUGCCCCGCUGGGGGCAAUGAACUUUGCGGGAUACGAGCUGGCAAAAAGAGCUAUGGAGAAGAAAGACGAGGAACAAGAGGUGGAGGGGUAUCGACGGCUGAGCUCGCCAGCAUUGUCUGCAUCAACAAAGCCGCCGCCACCGGACCGGAAAGAUGCUGCUAGCAGCAAGAGACGACUGAAAACCUCCUCCUCUUCUGUAGGAGCAGUCCCUGCGGGACUCUCGAAAAGCAACGCCCGGGAAACCAAGGCCAAAACGGUGGUGCAACCUUUCUAACGAGAUGGCAGAGGAGGAAUCAGGAUUACAAGGAGACUGGCACUUGUCGUGGUAGGUGGUGGUGGUCCCGGGAUUGAUGGGUGCUCACUCAUCAUUGGGGCCAGAACGAACCACAGUCACGGUCUAGACGACUGAAAACCCACCUGUUCUGUAUCUGUUCCUGCGGGUGUUUUGAAAAGGCGAUGCCCCGGAAACAAGGCGAAAAGGGUGGUGCAACGUCUCUAGGAGAUGUGACAGAUGAAGGAAUCAGGAAUUACAGAGAGACUGGCACUUGUGGUGGUGAUUGUAGGUGGUCGUCCCAGAAUUGGUGGGUGCGUCAUAUGAUUGGACCAACGACGAACCACAGUCAUUGUGCUACUUCGUGAUAUUCAUCAUUAUAUAUUCCCAUCUGGCAAUCCAUCUGGCAAUCCAUCAGGCAAUCAGUCAUCCUAUUUUUAUCUGGUAAUCCAUCUGGCAAUCAGCCAUUCUAUUCUUAGCUGGCAGGCAAUUUAUCUGGCCAUCCAUUUGACAAUCAGGCAUUCUAUUUUUAUCUGGCAAUCCAUCUGGCAAUCAGGCAUUCUAUUUUGAUCUGGCAAUCCUUGUGGCAAUCAGGCAUUCUAUUUUUAUCUGGGAAUCCAGCUGGCAUUCUGUCUGGCAAUCAAUCUUUCUAUUUUUAUCUGGCAAUCCAUCUGGCAAUCAGGCAUUCUAUUUUUAUCUGGCAAUCCAGCUGUCAAUCAGGCAUUCUAUUUUUAUCUGGCAACCCAGCUGGCAUUCUCUCUGGCAAUCAAUCUUUUUUUAUUUUUAUCUGGCAAUCCAGCCGGCCAUCCAUCUGGCAAUCCAGCCGGCCAUCCAUCUGGCAAUCAGGCAUUCUAUUUUUAUCCGACAAUGCAGCUGGCAGUCCGUUUGGCAAUUAGUCUCCUCUAAUUUUUAUCUGGCAAUCCAGCUGGCCACUCAGCUGGUCAGCCAUCCUGAGGUACAUCAAUCACUGUCACUCCUGGUAUGCAUGCUCUGCUGAGCAGACCCCCAUUCUAGGCAAUCAUGUGCAUCAUUUCCGGUCUGUGGGCGGAUAUUAUGGUGGUAGGCAUUUCAGUGUCUGACCUGGGUUUCUGCCGCCACCUCAGAAAAUCCACAACUGAGAGGCCUAGAGCACAGCAUUGUGAGAACCAACGAGUGUAGUAAGCUAUUUGGAGAACACCUCUGUGGAGAACUGUCCUGCUCGGUGGCUUGAUCUUUUCCUGCCCAGGCCAGGCCAGACCAGGCCAGCUCUGUUUGCCCAUAUCGCAUUAUGUGUGGUGCCUAUGCUUUUGGGAAGCUGUGUCUUGUCAUGCAGGCACACAGUAAUUUUUGCUGCCCAGGCCAAGCCAGCCCAGACCAGGCCAGACCAGGUCAGACGAGGUUGGCUGUGUAGCUAUUUGGAGAACACCUCUGUGGAGAACUGUCCUGCUCGGUGGCUUGAUCUUUUCCUUCCCAGGCCAGGCCAGACCAGGCCAGCUCUGUUUGCCCAGAUCGCAUUAUGUGUGGUGCCUAUGCUUUUGGGAAGCUGUGUCUUGUCAUGCAGGCACACAGUAAUUCUUGCUGCCCAGGCCAGGCCAGGCCAGACGAGGUUGGCUGUGUCGUGCUUCCCAGGCCAGGCCAGGCCAGACCAGACCAGGUCAACAGGCACACAGUAAUCCUAUGCCAGGUCUGUAUGCAAAGCUUUGUGGGUGUAGGGGUUUCACGUAGGACACUGCCAACAGCAGGCAUUUCCCUCUGAUGAUGGCAGUGACACCUGCAAAUGAUGAGAAUCUGUACCUGGAACGAGGAAGAAGUAAACACAAGGGUGUUGUCCACGACGAAGUGCUGUCCCAACAAAUUCAAGGAGUUUGU